AUGGAAAAGGCCGAAAAGCAGCAAAUAGAAGAACCAUGGCUGCUAUACACAGAUGGCCCGUCUAACAAAGACGGCGCAGACGCAGGGCUUCAACUGGUGAGCCCUGACAAACACGAAUUCACGUACACCAUACGUCUGAAUUUCAAGAGCAUGAACAAUGAAGCAGAGUACGAAGCCUUUCUUGUUGGCUUAAGAUUGGCAAUCAAAAUGGGAGUCAAACACAUCGAAGCGCAUGUAGAUUCCAUGUUAGUGGCUGGACAAAUUAACGGCCAAUACGAAGCCAAAGGAGAUGUAAUGGCGCUCUAUCUGAGUCAAGCAAAGACGUUGCUACAAACCUUCUAUUCCUACAAGGUGCAUCACAUAAACAGAAGCGAGAACAAACCAGCAGACGCGCUGAGUAAACUCGCAUCUACGAGCUUUCAACACCUUGCAAAGGAUGUGCGCAUAGAAGUGUUAAGCAACCCAUCUGUUCCACUUCGGGAGGUAAGCGUCAUCCAGACGGGGACAACGUCUUGGAUGACUCCAAUAAUCAUGUACCUUCAAUCCGGGAUACUCCCUGAGAACAAAGCCGAGGUGAGGAAAAUCCAGUACAAGGCCGAGCAUUAUCAGAUGGCCGAUGGAAUUUUAUACCGAAAGUCAUACCUUGGCCCAUUAUUGAAAUGCGUCGACGCUGAAGACGCAAACUAUUUGAUCAGAGAGGUCCAUGAAGGAAUCUGUGGUAUACAUGCCGGGCCAAGAAUGGUGGUGGCAAAAGUGAUGAACGACGGGUACUACCGGCCCGGGAUGCAUUUAGACGCGGUAAAAGAGUUGAGGAAAUGUAGUGGAUGCCAAAGACAUGCGCCCAAGACCAUGCGCCCCAAAAAUGAAUUGGUACCAGUCACAACUGCAUGGCCCUUCCAGCAGUGGGGAAUAGACAUGAUCGGCCCUUUCCCAGAGGCCACAGGAGCGGUCAAAUUCAUAAUAGUCGCGGUCGACUAUUUUACCAAAUGGGUAGAGGCGAAGGCACUUGCAUCAACUACGUCAACCGUCGUCAAGAGAUUCAUACGGGAACAAAUCAUAUGCCGUUUCGGCCUACCGCUUAGAAUCAUCACCGACAACGGAACGAACUUCGCUGCAGACGAUCUUGAAUGA